AUGUUGGGGGGUUGUUGGGUAGUUGUGGGGGAGUUCACAAGAGCCGCGGCAGAGACUGCAGUCGCGGCCGUCGCAACUGCUGCAGCAGCCGCCGCCGCCUCUCCUGCCGCGGCCGCCGCUGCAUCUACAGCAGCUGCAGCCGCCGCAUCUACUGCAACAGCCGCCGCUGCAGCUACAGCAGCAGCAGCCGCCGCAUCUUCUGCAGCAGCCGCCGCUGCAUCCACAGCAGCAGCAGCCGCCGCAUCUUCUGCAGCAGCCGCCGCUGCAUCUACAGCAGCAGCAGCCGCCGCGCCUUCUGCAGCAGCCGCCACUGCAUCUACAGCAGCAGCAGCUGCCGCAUCAUCUACAGCAGCGGCCGCCGCAGCUACAGCAGAAUCAGCCGCCGCUGCCUCUGCAGCAGCAGCCGCCGCCGACCCAGCAGCAGCAGCCGUAGCCGAACCUGCAGCAUCUGCCGCCGCUGUCUCGACUGCCCCGGCCCUGCCUUGCCCUACUGCUACUGUCACUGCCACUGAAAUUUGA